AUGGCCGCCCAAUACGUGCUGGUUGGCCUAGCAGCCGCGGGACUGGCCUUCUGGUAUGACUUUAAGAGCUGGCAAAGCUUUGGAACUGGUGGCACGCCUCCAACCUUGGAAGGCUACAUCAAGAUCCGUCGAUGGGGACUCUAUCUGCUCUACACGCGCCAGAACCUGCUCGAUGCAACUCCCAUCCCCGCUACGGGCGCGUCUUACAUUAAUCCCCAGAAGGUGCCGGACCGCGUUGGCAGUAGACCAGGACUUACACGCUGGACGCUACCACAACGCCAGUUCCCUGAGGAGAUAACUCCUGGCGCUUCCACGAUUCUUCACGAUCUCAUGCGCGAGUUUGCGGACACGAAGGCGUACUCGGAGUACAUUGAGACGCGACCGAGCAAGACCGAAGGCGGAACUGGACCUGCCAUCUACGUGAAGCCAGAUGUCAAGAACAUCAACCCUGUCGCGCACAAAAUCUUCUACGAGGUCGCGCACGUGCAUCCAGCAGAGAACUCGCUUCAUGUGUAUGUAAGCCCACAGGACGCGAGACUGGUGAUGAAGAGGGGCUGGGGACAGCGCUUUCCAGUGACUUGGUUGGCACCGCCGAGCUGGAUCAUGGUGUAUGCGCCGAGGAACGAAGAGGAAGUGGAGACUGUGAGGGAGAUCGUCAGGGCUGCACCCAACAGACCCCUACUAACACACCAAGGCCCCGCCGGCUGCGCGCUCGCCCACGGCCUCAAGAAAGCAGGCAUCUCCUUCGCCAUCUACGACAAAGGCGCCGACGUCUACCGCCAUCGUCACUGGGCCUUCACAUUAGGCUGGGCACGACCAUACCUCUUCGACCUCAUCCCAGAAGAGCUCAGCGCGCAGAUCAACUCAUGUCAAGUCGACCCCUACGUCGAUUGCGCCGCGCUCGGUGAAGAUAGGAUUGUUAUAUAUAAUGGCCAGACAAGAGAGGAGGCUUUCGCUUUUCCGAUACCGAAGGCGCGCGAGAUUAAUAUUAGAAGACUGCGCAUGUUGUUAGCCGAGCAAUUGGAUGUGCAAUACAGCACGAGCUUCUCGCACUACGAAACGACCCCCAACGGCGGCGUAACCGUCCACUUCGAAGACGGCACAACCGACACCGGCACCAUCCUCAUCGGCCUCGACGGCGCCAUGUCAAAAGUGCGCCGCUGCCUCCUCCCCCACUCCGGCACCAUGGACACCCUCCCCUUCGCCCUAAUGAACUUCAACGCUUCCUACACCGCCUCCCAAGCCCUCUUCAUCAAAGAACACCUCCACCCCCUCGUCGACAUAGCAAUCCACCCUGCAGGUCACUACAUCCGCGCAAACGUGCUCGACAUGCCCGACGAGAAAGACGCGAGUACCUGGACGUUUCAGAUCCUGUCUACCUGGCCGCUCAAGUACGUCGAAGACCAUGAUAACGAAGACGGGCGGUUGGAAAGGCUAAAAGCGCAUGUGAAGCGGGAUGGAUGGGCUGAGCCAUACAAGAGCGCAAUCGAAUGGAUACCAGAGGACACGCCUGUGUUACGCGAUCAGCUCAAGAUAUGGAAGACAGUGCCGUGGGAUAACCAGAACGGACGGGUUACGCUCUGCGGCGACGCAGCCCACGCCAUGACGUUUCACCGCGGGCAGGGCGCUAACAAUGCUUUUUAUUCUGCGCAUUGCCUUGUUGAAGCGUUGAAAAGCGUACAGAGUGGGAGUAAGAGUUUGAAAGAUGCGGUCACAAGUUAUGAUGAGAGUAUUUGGAAAAGAGGCGCGAAUGAGGUUCAGAUUAGCAAGGCGCAGACGUUCUUUACGCAUGAUGGGUUGGAGGAGUUUGUUAAUAGUCCCGUUAUGCGGUUGGGGACGAAACCUAGUCAUGCUGCGAGGACGGAGGGGUAUCAGUAG